AUGCCAGCUGAAAAGUACGCAGCAGCAGACCCGGAAUUGAAAGCCGAGCUUAAACAGAUAGCUGAGGCGAUCGUUGCUCCUGGAAAAGGUAUUUUGGCCGCUGAUGAAUCUACGACCACUAUUGGUAAACGUCUGCAGGACAUAAACGUCGAGAAUAAUGAAGACAAUCGCCGGGCUUAUCGUCAAUUGUUGUUCACUACUGACAAGGACGUUAUCAAGAACCACAUUUCUGGUGUGAUUCUUUUCCACGAGACUCUGUACCAAAAAGCCGAAGAUGGAACUCCAUUCGUGACCCUGAUGAAAGAGCGCAACAUCAUCCCUGGAAUAAAAGUAGACAAGGGUGUGGUCCCACUGUUCGGAACCGACGACGAGUGCACAACCCAGGGUCUCGACGACCUCCAGGCUCGCUGCAUCCAAUACAAGAAAGACGGCUGCCACUUUGCCAAAUGGCGUUGCGUACUUAAGAUCAAGGGUAACACCUGUCCAAGCCGGUUGGCAAUUCUGGAGAACGCGAACGUGUUGGCCCGCUACGCGUCCAUCUGCCAGAGCGCACGUAUCGUCCCGAUCGUCGAACCAGAAAUUUUGCCUGACGGUGACCACGAUUUGGCCCGUUGCCAGCAAGUCACUGAGGAAGUCCUCGCGGCCGUCUACAAGGCCCUCAACGACCACCACGUCUACUUGGAGGGUACUCUUCUGAAGCCCAACAUGGUGACUCCUGGACAGAGCUGUCCUAAACGCGCUACUCCCCAGGAAAUCGCCUCAGCUACUGUGAUCGCUCUUCAGCGCACUGUUCCCCCAGCAGUUACUGGAAUCACUUUCUUGAGCGGUGGACAGUCCGAAGAGGAAGCUUCAGUGAAUCUCGAUGCUAUCAACAAGUACCCGGGAAAGAAACCAUGGGCUCUGACAUUCAGUUACGGCAGAGCUCUUCAAGCUUCUGUUUUGAGAGCUUGGGGUGGCAAGAAGGAACAAAUUGCCGCUGGACAGGGAGAACUUAUCAAACGUGCCAAGGCAAAUAGUGAAGCUUCUCUUGGAAAAUACGCCGGUGGUGUCAGUGGAGCUGCUGGUGACGCUGCAUUAUUUGUCGCUAAUCACGCAUACUAA